AGCGGCCAGGCGGCGGCGGCGGCCAGGCGGCGGCGACGGCUCCUCAGUGUCCGGCUCAGGCUCCGGCUGCGGCUCCGGCCCGCGAUGCCCCACUCCGUGACCCUGCGCGGCCCUUCGCCCUGGGGCUUCCGCCUGGUGGGCGGCCGGGACUUCAGCGCGCCCCUCACCAUCUCGCGGGUCCAUGCUGGCAGCAAGGCCGCACUGGCUGCCCUGUGCCCAGGAGACCUGAUCCAGGCCAUCAAUGGUGAAAGUACAGAGUUCAUGACACACCUGGAGGCACAGAACCGCAUCAAAGGCUGCCAUGAUCACCUCACGCUCUUAGUGAGCAGGCCUGAAAGCAAGAGCUGGCCUAGUGCCCCUGACGACAAGGCUCAAGCACACAGGAUCCACAUCGACCUUGAAGCCCAGGAUGGCAGUCCAGUGACCAGCAGGCGGCCCUCAGCCACCGGGAUUGGGCCAGAAGAUAGCAGACCAGGCCUGGGAUCUCUGUAUGGGCAGCCACCUCGCCUUCCUGUACCUCACAAUGGCAGCAACAGUGAGGCCAUCCUGCCAACUCAGAUGAGCAACCUGCACGUGUCUCCACCCCUCAGCGCUGAUCCAGCCAGGGUCCUUCCAAGGAACCGGGACUGCAGAGUAGACCUGGGCUCGGAGGUGUACAGGAUGAUAAGGGAGCCAGCUGAGCCAUCUGCCACCGAACCCAAGCAGUCAGGCUCCUUCCGCUACUUGCAGGGCAUGCUAGAAGCCAGCGAGGGUGGGGAGCGGCCUGGUCUUGGUGGCCCCCGGAAUCUCAAGCCUGCAGCCAGCAAGCUGGGUGCUCCACUGAGUGGCUUGCAAGGGUUGCCGGAGUGCACAGGCUGUGGCCACGGGAUUGUGGGCACCAUUGUCAAGGCACGGGACAAGCUCUACCACCCUGAGUGCUUCAUGUGUAGCGACUGCGGCCUGAACCUCAAGCAGCGUGGCUACUUCUUCCUGGAUGAGCGGCUGUACUGCGAGAACCACGCCAAGGCACGUGUCAAGCCACCAGAGGGCUAUGACGUGGUGGCUGUAUACCCUAACGCCAAAGUGGAACUUGUCUGAGCCAGGACAGGACGCCUGCUCCCACACCUGCUUCAUUUACUGUCUCUGCGUGGUCUCUGUAAAUAUGUGUUUCCCCUCCCUCUCUAAUAAAGACCCUCUGCUC